AUUUCAACUUAAGGGGAAUUAUGGAAACAGCAAUUAAGUAGCUCAAUAUAUGCCAACUUGUAGCAAGUCGCUAUCUUUAUGAUUUAAGCUCAAAAGGGUGCUUACUACUUAGUCACUAACAUUAUCCUUGUGAAAAAAUGGGUAUUUUGGCCUUGUUUCUUGAAAUAUGAAACUGAAAAAUUCUCUUUGUAUGGACCAAUAUGGUUUUGGUCCUGAGAAUUGAGAUCCCAUUAGGAAUUAAGAUUCAAGAUUUGUGCUUUCUUGAUGUUUUCUGAUUUUGGUGUUGUUUUUAGAAUUUUGAGCUGAUUUUUUCUUCACUGUCAUUUUGGUGAGACAAAAGAUUGAAGCUUUGAAAAUGGCUAUGGGACACCAAGAUCAAGAUGGAGUCCCAGGCAACUUGAGAAAGCAACUUGCUCUUGCUGUUAGAGGCAUUCAAUGGAGCUAUGCAAUCUUCUGGUCAACUCCAGUUACACAACCAGGGGUGUUGAAAUGGAUUGAUGGGUACUAUAAUGGGGAUAUCAAGACCAGGAAGACUGUUCAGGCGGGGGAAGUUAAUGAAGACCAGCUGGGGUUGCAGAGAACUGAGCAAUUGAAAGAACUUUAUAGUUCCCUCUUAACAGGUGAAAGUGAAGAAGACCUACAGCCACACGCCAAAAGGCCAUCGGCCUCAUUAUCUCCAGAAGAUCUCACUGAUACAGAGUGGUAUUUCCUAGUAUGCAUGUCAUUUGUCUUCGAUGUUGGCCAAGGGUUGCCAGGGAAGACCUUAGCAACAAAUGAAACAGUCUGGCUAUGCAACGCUCACCAAGCCGAGAGUAGAAUCUUUUCUCGUUCUUUGCUAGCAAAGAGUGCAUCUAUCCAGACUGUUGUAUGCUUUCCCUAUUUAGGAGGCGUAAUUGAGCUGGGAGUCACCGAGCUUGUCACGGAAGAUCCUAACCUCAUUCAGCAAAUAAAAAAUUCCUUUCUAGAGGUUGAUCACUCCGUUAUUUCGAAGAGGCCUAAUUAUGUCUCCAACGAUGCAAAAAAUGACACGAAUAUCGUUAGCCAAAAGCCUGAUCAUAAUGCACUUGAAAAUGAUGCUUAUCCAGUUGAAAUAAAUUCACCUCAUGAUAGUUCAAAUGGUUUUGUCGCCAAUCAAGAGGCAGAAGAUUCACUGAUGGUGGUAGACGGUAUUGGGGAAACUUCACAAGCUCAAAGCUGGAGGUUCAUGGAUGACAAUAUGAGUAAUGGCGCGAAUAAUUCCUUGAAUUCCAGUGACUGCAUCUCUCAAAACAAUGCAAAUUGUGAAAAGUUGUCCCCUCUUUCGAGUGGAGAGAAGGAAACUAAGCCUUGCCCACUAGACCAUCAAGAGAACGAUCAGAAGAAACCGCAUCUUUUAGAUCACCAAAGAGAUGAUGCUCAAUAUCAAGCUGUCCUUUCUACUCUUCUAAAGAGUUCUGACCAAUUAACUUUGGGACCACAUUUUAGAAAUAUGAAUAAAAAGUCAAGUUUUGCUGGUUGGAAGACCGAUAUUCAGAUGCCGAGAUUUGGAACUGCACAAAAACUAUUGAAGAAGGUACUUCUUGAAGUACCUAGAAUGCAUGCUGGUGUUAUACAUAAAUUCAGCAGAGAAAAUGGUAAAAAGAACAGCCUUUGGAGACCAGAAGUUGAUGACAUUGAUAGAAACCGCGUUAUUUCAGAGAGAAGGCGAAGAGAAAAGAUAAAUGAGAGAUUCAUGCAUCUUGCAUCGAUGCUGCCAACUAGUAGCAAGGUUGACAAAAUAUCAUUACUCGAUGAGACAAUAGAAUACAUGAAAGAGCUUGAAAGGAGAGUUCAAGAGCUGGAGGCCAGAUCAGCAAGACGAUCAAAUGAUACUGCAGAGCAGACAUCUGAUAAUUGUGGCACUAGCAAAUUCAAUGACAUCAGGGAAUCACUACCGAACAAAAGAAAGGCAUGUGAUAUGGAUGAAAUGGAACCUGAAAGCUGCAAUGGAUUACUGAAACGUAGUUCAGCUGAUAGUAUUGUCAUCAAUAUGAUCGAUAAGGAAGUCUCGAUCAAGAUGAGUUGUCUUUGGAGCGAGAACUUGUUACUUCAAAUUAUGGAGGCAUUGACUGACCUACAUAUGGAUUGCCAUACAGUUCAGUCUUCCAACAUUGAUGGGAUUCUAUCCAUUGCUAUUGAAUCCAAGUCAACUGGAUCGAAAACAGUAGCAGUCGGAACAAUUAGAGAAGCACUUCAGAGAGUAGUUUGGAAAUCUUGAAGAUUAGUCACUCAAGGUUGGUCAAUUAAGUCCAUAUGAAAAAGAGCUUGAUCAAUCAUGUCCUUAGAGGAUAGUUAAAGCUUGUGUAUAGCACUGUACUUUAAAAUGCUUUUUUCGAAGAUUUGAAAAGCCUAGAGGAAAGUAGUAAUUUGGAGUAGCUUUCUUCUAAUGCAUCAUCCUCUUUCUUGAUCAUCACUUUUUUGUGGUCCUCUAAAAAGUUCAUGAAAGUAAAGUUGCUGAAUCUUGCUAUUGAUUUCUGUCCCCACUAACAAAGUUGAAAGGUCACUUCAGGAAUGGAAAAAAGUUUGGUGUUUGCUUUAA